AUGACUAUUAAAAAUGGCGUCUAUUAUACGACGGGUUUCCCCGUAUUUCGUACGGUUCCAUUAAUCGUUUUUCGUAUUAAUAAUUCGAAUGAAAACUGUACGCAUGGCAUACAAUGGGUUUAUCAAAUUUUUGGCGAUUGUAUCGAUACGAAUUUAAAAUUAUUUGGAUUUUUAAUUGGUUUUAUUUCGUUAUUUCUUUGGUUUUUACCAUUAAUUCCACAAAUUCUUGAAAAUUAUCGAAGAAAAAAAUGCGAUGGUUUAUCGAUUUAUUUUAUUCUUUUUUGGAUAAUUGGUGAUUCUUGUAAUCUAUUAGGAAGUAUACUUGCAAAUCAACAACCUAUUCAACAGAUUAUUGGUUUUUAUUAUAUAUUGCAGGAUACAGCAUUAUGCAGCCAAUAUUUUUACUAUUCUCAUAUAUAUCGCAGGCGCAGUCUAACUUUAUGUAACGGUUGGACUUUAUUGCCAUUUGAAAUUUACGAUAACGCAAUAUCUUAUGAAGAUAAAGAAUUAUUUCAAAGUCGUCGUUUAUUACAAGCAAAUAAUAUUAAAUUCUCUACGCCAGUUUUUCGCAAUAAAUAUGAUGCAAUUGGUUAUAUAAUUGGUUCAUUUUCUGCAAUUUGCUAUUUUACUGGGCGUAUUCCUCAAUUAUAUCGCAAUUAUAGUCGAAAAAAUUGUGAAGGCCUUUCUCUUCUCAUGUUUUAUAUAAUUAUAGCCGCUAAUGCCACUUAUGGAAUAUCGGUACUAUUAGGCGCGACAAGUUGGUUAUAUAUUGUACGUCAUUUACCUUGGCUUGCGGGUAGUUUUGGUUGUUGCUUUUGUGAUAUAGUACUUACUGCUCAAUGUUUUUAUUACUCGCAUAAAAAUUUAAAUAAAAAUAUCUAUGAGCAAGACGCACCACUAAUCGACUCACAAGUUUUGCCUUAA